AUGAAAAAAGUUAAACUAAUAGUAAAUCUCAAAAAGCUGUUUGAAGCAUGCAACGCUAUCAUUGCGCCAGACUCAAAAGUAGUUCUUGAACAUGAGGGUUAUUUGGAAGAACUUAGCAUACUAAAGAAUAUAUUCAGUGGUGGCGGUCUAAAAAUCGAAAGUGAGCACUGUACCGAUAAAGAAAAGGAAGCUAUUCUGGAUAUAAUUAAGAAUAACAUUUAUAAAUACUAUACAUACAAUGGAUAUAGUAGUAUAGGCUGUCUAUAUGAAGCUUUAAAGUCCAAAGAUGAAGGAUUAAUUAAGCAUCAGUUUAUCGAUCUAAUCAAUGACAUUAUAAGACAAAACCCACUUAUAUACAACCCAGAGCAGGGAGUGCAUAUGCAGUUUGACAGAGACAAGGCGCUAGAAGAUGUACUCUUGCCUGAUAGAGACAUUGACCUAAGUACCAGGGAAUACACACUAGAGAUUGACGACUCAAAGUUCUUGAAUUUAGAAAGUUUACGAGACUCUGUCGUUGAGAGCCGAGACAGAAAAAUGCUCGAUUAUAUAACUAAAAAUUCUAUCGAAGACUCAAUGCAUAAAUUAAAUAUGGAUAUUUUUAAAAAAUACUCAUUCAAAAAAGAAUACUACACUCUAGACGAGCUGUACACUAAGAAAUACGAAAAUACUAAUGAGCUACUGAUAGACUACGGAUUGAAGCUUAUUCACGAAAAACAUUAUAAGAUUGCUGAGUUAAUCGAGCUGAUUAAAGAGAUAAAAAUUAUUUCAAAUAACCCGCAGGAUAUAGUUGAAGUAAUAUAUGAGCUAUUUACAGAAGAUGAACUGCUCUUAGCUAUUUCUAUUAAAGACAAUCUAAAAGAGAUUUCACACGAAAAAUACAUACACAACUAUAUAAUUAAUACAAUAGAAUAUGUAGCAAACAAAACUGACUUCUUAAAAGAAACAGAAGGAGGACCUAACAUUCUGAGACUGAAAGCAGGCUUAGAUAAUUUUUACAGAGACCAUGUAGCUAGAGACGAAGAUUUAAAGAAACUAGCAGAUGAAGAAAAUACUAGAUUAUAUAAUAAAAUAAACGAGAAAGGGAAAAUUUUAAGAGAAAAGAAAAUAGAGUAUGAUCAAGCAGUGAGAAAAAAUGAUAAAGAAAGUAUUACAAAAUUAAGUUGCUCUAUUAAUAAUCUGGAAAAUGACAUAUAUUUACUAAGAUAUGAUAAGAGAAGAGCAUUUUUAAAAUUGCUUAAUGUUAAUAUAAAGUUAUAUGAGUUAGAUGAAUUAAAGCCAAUUCAAGAAGAGCACAUACUCAAAGGGAUAAAAAAAUUUGGAAAAGCACGGAAAAUAGAAGUAGAUGGAUUAGAAGCACCGCAGGUAUUGGAAGUAUCUAAAGAAGAAGAGAUAAAAGAAGCACCGCAGAUAUUGGAAGUAUCUAAAGAGUCAGAAGAACUCAAAGAAAGAAAAAUAAUACAGAUGCAGAAAACUGUAAUUCUCAUGGUUUUUCUUAUAUCUCUUAUAAUAUCUAUAGUAUUUAUCAGUUCUUCUAGAAAUGUAGCGAAACUUUCUAAUAUCUAG